UUCAAAAUGGCGAACUAAAGUCAGUGGAAGAUGCACAAAUCUGAUCGUAAGCUGAGCUGAACAGCCCCAAAAGACAUUUGAAAGGACGGGAUGAGAAUUAGAAAACCACUAAGAAUGUAGGAAGAGUGUAGCAUUUUUUGUUUGUCGCUUCGUGGUGGUAGAAAUUGCCGAUAUUAUGUUUUGUCUCAAAAGCGCGGGAAAAUGAAACUUCUUCAUGAACGUGUGUUUAAGUUAUAUUAUAUCGAGAUUUGACAGAAAAUGAGGAUUUUGAACGUUGCUGAGAAAAACGAUGCUGCUAAGGGUUUGGCAGCAAUUAUGUCUCGAGGACAGUCGCGAAAGCGAGAAGGGUUUUCUAAGUUCAACAAAAUCUACGAAUUCACCUGCAACAUUCUGAAUACAAAUGCGCAAAUGGUAAUGACAUCUGUGUCAGGUCACAUGAUGACUCUUGACUUUGCACAAGGCUACAAAAAAUGGAAUAGUUGCUCUCCACUGCAGCUGUUUUCUGCACCUGUCGUUAAACACGUUGGAGAAGACUACCAAAAAAUAAAGAGAACUCUUGAACGUGAAGUAAGAGGUUCACAAGCACUUAUCAUAUGGACAGAUUGUGAUCGAGAAGGAGAAAACAUUGGAUUUGAAAUUAUCAAUGUUUGUAAACAAAUUUGUCCAAGAAUAACAUUAUACAGAGCAAAAUUUUCAGAAAUUACACCACAAUCCGUUGGUAGAGCAUGUGCAAACCUUGUACCUCCAGAUCAUUUACAAGCAGAAGCUGUCGACGUAAGAAUGGAAUUAGAUUUAAGGAUAGGAGCAGCUUUCACCAGGUUUCAGACAUUAAGGUUGUGUAAGGUGUUCCCUAAUGUAUUGAGUGAUCAGCUGAUUAGCUAUGGCAGCUGUCAGUUUCCUACUCUAGGAUUUGUCGUUGAUAGAUAUAAACAGGUUGAGCAGUUUGUUCCUGAACAGUUUUUCAAAAUCAAGGUUACCCAUGAGGUGGAGUCAAAUAAAGUUGAUUUUGUUUGGAAAAGGGGAAGGCUAUACCAGCAUACACCUUGCCUUAUUCUCUAUCAAAUGUGCUUGGAGAAUCCUACUGCAGUUGUCAUAGGAACAUCAUCACGUCCCAAGAACAAGUGGAGACCUGUCGCACUUGAUACAGUGGAACUUGAAAAGUUGUCUUCAAGAAAGCUUAGGAUUAAUGCCAAGGAAACAAUGAAAAUAGCAGAGAAAUUAUAUAAUAAAGGGUUUAUAAGCUAUCCUCGUACAGAGACAAAUAUAUUUCCUUCAUCACUGAACCUAACAGAACUUGUCGAAAAGCAGACCCAAGACCAGCAAUGGGGAGGGUUUGCAGCGGGUGUUCUUGCACAUGGACCGAACCCUAGAAAUGGCAGAAAGACAGAUAACGCGCAUCCCCCCAUCCACCCUACCAAGUACACAGACAGUCUACAGGGUAAUGAAAAGCGCAUAUAUGAAUUCAUAGUUAGACAUUUUCUUGCGUGCUGUUCAAAGGAUGCUGUUGGUAAAGAAACAAGUGUUGAUAUUGAUAUCGCUGGUGAAAAGUUCACAGCUACAGGACUAAUGAUCUUGGAACGCAACUAUUUAGAAGUUUAUCCUUAUGAUAGAUGGAGUGACAAGACUAUUCCUGUAUAUGAACAAGGACAACAAUUCCAGCCGACUUCCAUUGAGAUGGUUGAAGGAGAAACAUCUCCACCACCUCUGUUAACAGAAGCUGAUCUUAUAGCUCUCAUGGAGAAACAUGGUAUAGGAACGGAUGCUACCCAUGCUGAACACAUUGAAACCAUCAAGAAUAGAUCCUAUGUUGGUGUACAAGGUGAUGGGACCUUUCUUCCUGGUCAGCUUGGAAUGGGUCUUGUUGAAGGUUAUGACUUGAUGCAAUUUGAAUUUUCAAAGCCAAAAUUAAGAGCCGAGCUUGAAGCAGAUUUGAAAAGAAUUUGCGAAGGCACAAAAGUUGGUGCAGAUGUCCUGCAAGAGCAAAUYGUGAAGUACAGAGAUAUUUUUGUAAAGGCUGCACAAGAGGCAAUGAAGCUUGAUCAAGCCUUGUCAUCUUACUUUGGAAAUCCAGAAGCAUACACUGAACCAGCAAUUGAUCCUCAAGCUCAAAACCCUCAAGUCAGACUCUGUCCUCGAUGUAAAACUGAACAAAUGACUUUGAGAAAAACUAGCAAUGGAAACUACAUGAUAGGUUGCCUAGGAUACCCUCACUGCAAAGCUUCCAUCUUUCUUCCCAAGUUUGUCUUGAAUGCUGAAGUGGACGAAUCAGUGUGUAGAAUCUGUGGUCCUGGACAAGUACACCAGUUGAAAUUCACCUUUAAAAGAGGAUCAGUUCCACCCAUGAUCCCUCUACAACAUGUUGGCUGUGUUGGAGGAUGCGAUGAAAUGCUMCGUGAAAUCCUGGAUCUGAAAAAUAUCAGUAGCUCGUCCAUGCAAACAGGCUCAGUACAGACCUCCAGACCUUCACAAAACCGCGGUCGMGGAGGCACAGGGCGUGGUGGUACAGGUCGCGGAGGCACAGGGCGUGRCGGUACAGCACGUGGUACAGGGCGUGGCGGCGGAUCAAGGCGAGGAAGAGGGCAGAUUAUGUUUGAGCAAAGUAGCAAUACUCAGCCUUCAUUUAACCAAGGGAGAGGAAACUUUUCAAAUCAUUUUCACGAUAACACACAAUCUACUCCACAAAACAACUUUAAUAAUAGUAUAGGUGGGCGUGGUAGCACGUGGAACCAAAGUGGAUUCGGUGACUCUGGAUAYAGCUCAGGAAAUAGCUUCACAUCUUUUACUUCCACUCAUGGAGAUGAGAAUUCCGUUGUGUGCGAAUGUGGGUCAGCAGCCGCUACUUUCAACGUCAAAAAAGACGGGCCUAAUAAAGGUCGUCAAUUCUAUCGUUGCUCUAAGCGAGAAGGUGGUUGUGGAUUCUUCUUGUGGGCAGAUGAGGGAGUUGCAGGCAGCUCACACCACAACCCCACCACUCCCUUUAAUAGUACUGGCUCAAACUGGAACAGUWCUGGUAAUUCUCGAGGGAACGGAUUCAAUAGAGGGUCCAGUAAUUCGAAUGAGCCAUUAUGUAAUUGCAACCAGCCUGCUGCCAGAAAAACAGUAAAAAAGGACGGUGCAAAUCAUGGCCGUCCCUUCUACGGCUGCGCUAAGCCAAUGGGGCAAGGCUGUUCGUUCUUCCAGUGGGCAGACGAAGAUGGCCCUCCUGCACAGGGUAGAGGCUAUGGGUCGAGAGGGCGUGGUGCCGAAGGAAGAGGGCGUGGCUUUGGGCGUGGUAGCGGUGGCGGUGGCGGUGGUGGUAGAGGCGGCAAGAAAAGAAAAUGUGGACAUUGUCGUAUGGAAGGCCAUACAAAGAAAWAUUGUCCCGAUAACAGAUGAAAUUGUCUUCAACAUAGCUUUCUACAUUAUACAUUGAAAUAUUAUUGAGAUUUGUUAUGUGGAUAAUUCGUGAACUAAAGCAACGAACGAUGCGUUUUUAACACUCUACUGACCCAUUAAUAUAAAUAUGUAAAUUUACUGAUUAAAAUCAUAUCAAAUCAUGGAUGUAAGAUAAAUUUUAAGUUGUAUUUUGGCUCAGUUCUUUAUUAAAAGUGUAAAAGCUAGCCAAGAGUUACGAGAUGAUAACUGUACGUAAUGCCAGCUUUUUUUUAUUACGGACGGUUUGGUUCGUCUUGAGGGUGUCCUUCUUAAGAGUAUUUUUAAGUGUUUUUGCUCUUACUUUGUGUAUAUAUUGUUUCUACAUAUAAAAUAUCGAAAAUAUAAUAUUCUUUUUUCUUUGUCGUUGAURAGAGAAUGGACUUGGAAGAAUAAUUUGUUCCUACGGAUUGGUUYCAUCGCAGACGCCAUGUUCCAUGCAUGCUUUAGCUUUGUCUUGAGUGUCUAAAAUAGUCAAAAAUGCCAUUGAGUGGUUCCCUGGUAUUAGUGAUAUUGCGAAAAUCGUUCUAUCUUCAGUAUCCCUCAUUAUGGAUUUAGUUUUAUAAUCAUUAAGCAUGCAUGCUCGUCUUUUCGGUGAAUUUUCUCAUCCAUCCCUUUAAUCAUCCACUUUCCCAUCCACUUUCCCAUCCAUCCAUUUAUUCUUUCAUUUCAUUUAUCUUUUUUUCGUUUAUCCAUUUAUUAUACUUCACUCACCAAAGCAAAACAUCCCGUUGCCAUGRUACCCGUCCUUACAAGAACAUAUAUACGAGCCUUCGGUGUUGUGACAGUAAGCUUUGUUGUCACAUCUACUGAUCUUUUCUAGGCAUUCAUUCACAUCUUGUCAUGAAAAUAGAGAAAAAUUGAAUAGUUGAGGAGAACCAAACGAAUACGAAAAAAAGGUUAUUCCAGUAUAAAUGAACGGUAAUAGAAYUAUGUUAGGAAUCUUACCCUUGCAGUGACCGUUAACAAGUUUAUAACCACCGUUACACAUACAUGCAUAGGAGCCGUCUGUAUUGACACAUACCGCGUUCUUGUUACACACCGCACCCGCCAGACACUCGUCGAUAUCUGUGUUAGAGAAUAGAAAGAAUAAUAGGCAAUGUACCGUGACGCCAUUUUGUGCAGCAAAGCGUGAUGGUAGUUGUAGUCCUCGCACAAUUUUACGUCCGCUAAAACAGUCGUCCUAGAGUUUUGUAACGGUGCCACGAAAAGUGCGAAGACUGCAACUAGCAUUAUGCUUUGCUGCACAAAAUGGCGUCACUCGGCACAUUGCCCAUUUAAACCUCAUGAGUUCAGUUGUACGGUUUUCAAUAGUCCUUUGCGUUCAAUCGUCAUAAAACUUAUCAUGAAGUUCUCGUUAUCAGCACUCAAGGACUAUUGAGAGUGUGCAAUAAUGU